AUGGCAUUUUGCGGGAGGUUUCAGAUACCGGUGGGGUUUCGUUUUCACCCUACUGUUGAAGAACUUUUUCUCUUUCUGCGAAUGAAAGUGAAUGGAGAGCGAUUACCUCACUCUGCGAUUGGUGAGUCUGAUAUUUACGGUGAUAAGGAGCCGUGGAAGAUAUUCGACAAGACACAGAAAGAGCACUUCUUCGUCUUCACCAAAUUGAAGAAGAAAAGCAAAUCAAGGAUAGACAGAAUCGCUGGCUGUGGGACUUGGAAGAUCGAUCACACCGAAAAAGUUCAUGAUCGUAAAAACAAACUCAUUGGGUUCAAGAAAUCCUUUGUGUUCGAAUAUAAGAAGAACAAGGCCAAGGCUACUGCCGGCUGUGGACAUUGGAUUAUGAACGAAUUUUCUCUUCGAGACUACUCACAGGCGGAAGAUAAUUUUGAUGAGUACGUCCUAUGUAAAAUAAGAAACAAAGACUUGGAGAAAAAGAAAUAUCAUCAUGUUCAUGCUCAUGCCCAUCAAGUUCCAGUCGUCGAAAUAAACCAGAAAAAUUUGAACCCGGGGGAAAAAAAUUCUGUUGCUGCUGUGCCGAUUUCAUCAUAUUCAACAACAUCCACACCAAUAUUAUCGGUAUCUGCAUCUGAACAAGAAAUGAUCGAUGAAAUGGUUGCUGAACUUAUGUGUGAUGUAUUAUUCUUUGAUCAUUAG